GCAAAAUCAAGGACCUAUUUCCUAAUGGAUCUCUUACCUACCUCACCAAACUGGUUCUGGUAAAUGCAGUCUAUUUCAAAGGGCAGUGGGCCCAGAAAUUUUAUAAGGAAAAUACUAAAGAGGGAGAGUUUUGGCUGAACAAGGAUACAAGAAAACCUGUGCAGAUGAUGAAACAAACACUGUCCUCUAAUUUUGCCGUACUGGAGGAUGUGCAGGCCAAGAUCCUGGAAAUGCCAUAUAAAGGCAGAGAUUUAAGCAUGAUUGUGCUGCUGCCAAAUGAAAUAGAUGGUCUACAAAAGCUUGAAGAUGAAAUCACUGCUAAGAAAUUAACAGAAUGGACGAGCUCACAGAAUAUGAGCAGGAGAGAAGUGUAUUUAUACUUGCCUCGGUUCAAAGUGGGAGAGAGCUAUGACCUCAAAGCCAUCUUGGAAGCCAUGGGGAUGGUGGAUGCCUUCAGUUCAGAUAAUGCCAACCUCUCAGGCAUGAGUGAGGUUCCGAAUCUCGUGGUGUCUAAAGUCCUACACAAGUCCUUUGUGGACGUCACUGAGGAGGGAACAGAGGCCACAGCUGCCACCGGCGUAGAAGUUGCUCAAAUAAUAUCUCCACGUUCUGAACCGUUCCAUUGUGAUCACCCUUUCCUAUUCUUCAUCAAGCAAAAUAAGACCAACAGCAUCCUCUUCUUUGGCAGAGUCUCUUCCCCUUAG